GUGAAUUAGUAAUUUUAUACGGGGGCGAACAGAAGAUAUUUGCAAUGGGUUAUGUAGGCGAAGCAAUUGCUCCUAAAGGAGAGAGCGAGAGCGAGAGAGAGAGAGAGAGAGGAGGGAGAGGGAAGCAGUUUUCUACCCGGCGGGCGGAGAUAAAUGUGCAAACCUUCGCCAUAAGAAGGAGGUCGAGAAUUUUCUAGAAGCAGUUCUCUAACCGGUAGGCUACUCUCCUUCUGGUUCCUCGCGGGAAUCCAAACAACUCCGCCGCCAGAAGCCUAAUGCAGGAUUUCCAGUCGAUACCCGGCGUCUCCGGCCGCAUCUUUGGCGGCGGCGGCGGCGGCGGAGGGGGAGGGGGAGGGGGAGGCGGGGCGGACAUGCGGCGGCUAAGGGGGUACCCGGCGGCGGGACAGCAGCAACCGCCGGUCAAGUGCCCCCGUUGUGACUCCACCAAUACCAAGUUCUGCUACUAUAACAACUACAAUCUCUCCCAGCCACGCCAUUUCUGCAAGGCCUGCCGCCGCUAUUGGACCAAGGGCGGCGUCCUCCGCAACGUCCCCGUCGGUGGGGGAUGCCGCAAAACCAAGCGCUCCUCCUCCUCCUCCUCCUCCUCCAAGAUCACCAAAUCCUCCUCAACCGCCGGCGACAAAGACCGCCGCCGGCCUUCCAACUCCCGAUCCAGCAGCGACAGCUCCAGCCUCACCGCCGCCACCACAGAAGCGUCCACCUCCGCCUCCGUCUCCGUCACCGUCUCCGCCUCCUUCCCCGACUCCACACUCUUCGCCUCCUCCCAGCCCUCCCACCCCAACCCCCCCUUCGAUCCACCUCCGCAAACGGUGGCGCUGGACACCCUGGGCCACCAGGCGCCCGAGAUCUUCUCGCAGGCGGCUGCGGGCAGCACCUUCACCGGCCUGAUGGCCACCGCCACCACUUCACCCGCGGCCUUAGGGUUCAACUUCUCCGAUCCGCCGCCGAUCGGUGUCGGACCUCAACAAUCGCCGCCCAAGGCGGCGGCGACGUUGGCGGAGGAGAUCAGGAUGCCGGGACUCAUGGAUCAUUCGGCCCCCGUGGAUCUUCCACUCUUUCAGGGGCGAUCUGGCGGCAGCGGCGGCGGGGGGCUCACCGGCCUGGACUGGCCGGCAACGGUGGACCCUUCCCUUUUUGAUCUCACCAGCGCCGUCGAUCCGGGUGCGUACUGGAACCAAGACCACUGGGGGGACGCGGAUCCCUCCCUCUAUCUUCCGUAAUUAAUCCCUCAUUAACCUCCCUCCCCUAAACUAUAUUAUUAAAGAAAAGAAUGAUUUCCAUGUAUAUCUUUUUUUUUUCUUUGCUUUUUAAAUUGGGUUUUUCUUUUGGAUGUGUUUGGUUUUCUUAUCUUUUUGUCGAUUACGACUGACUUGGCUUUGUUUUCCAAAUUGUAAAAGUAUAGAACAAAUUGCAAGGAGUUGUCAUCUUUUUCGCUCUUAGUCUUUUUCUUAAUUAAUGGUUAUAUGGUGAAUAUUAGCUGUGUGGGGUGCCAAAGGCUGUGUUAAUUAUGAUAAUUAGCGUCAGCAGAUCUAGGAUUUGUUUUCUUAAUCAAGGGAAGGGAGGACGACCGCCGCCACGUCGGCGGUGGGCCCGCAGGGUACGGAGGGGGAACUACCGAUGACGCGUGGCGUCGUACGCUCACGUGGUGGUGGUCGGGACCGGGAGUUGGUGUCGUCCGGCGAGGCUGGCUUCGGCCACGUGGUGGGUUCUGGUUGGAAGGACAGCUGGUCUUGGGAGGCCGUACGCUUGCUGUACUCGCCGCUGAGGCCGGCCACAGGGUGGAUGCUUCUGGAAGACCAGUUGGUGGACCCCAGCCUCCGCUGUACACUGUGCUCUCGGCCCCAGGGGCGCGUGCAUAAAAAUACUGGCACCUGUACGUGUGAUGCAGGAGGAGGAGAAUAUUGGGUGGCUGUGAUCAUCUACAAGUAUUGCUCCACUUAAUUUGCUACUACAAAUACCAUUUGAAUGUCCAAAAGUUUUCUCGGAAACAUGCUUACCCAGACGAGAGAAUGCUAUAUUUUUUACCCUUUUUUUUUUUUUUUUUUGGUGCACCGCACUCCUUGUACCAUACAUACAUAAGAGAGUUAGAAACAUCCUCCUCGUUCUCUCAAAAAAGACUUCGAGAGUGAUAUGCUGCGUAGGAAGCUAUCCAGUCAGCAGCUAUGUUAGUCUUCUGGUACAUCAUUUUUGACUAAGGAUUCUUCUUAAUUUGUGUUUCUCUGAA